AUGUUUAAAAAUUCUUUCCAAAGUGGAUUUCUCUCAAUUUUAUAUAGCAUUGGCAGUAAACCUCUUCAAAUAUGGGAUAAAACUGUUCAAAAUGGCCAUAUAAAAAGAAUUACUGAUAAUGAUAUCCAGUCACUCGUACUGGAGAUUAUGGGAACAAACGUUAGUACAACGCACAUAUCGUGCCCAACUGCACCACACAAAACUCUCGGAAUUAAAUUACCAUAUCUUGUUAUGAUAGUCAAAAAUCUCAAAAAGUAUUUCACAUUCGAAGUUCAAAUUCUUGAUGACAAGAAUAUUCGGCGUCGCUUUAGAGCAAGCAACUAUCAAAGCACCACCAGAGUUAAACCGUUUAUUUGUACUAUGCCUAUGCGAUUAGAUGAAGGUUGGAACCAGAUUCAGUUUAAUCUGUUCGACUUUACUCGUCGAGCUUAUGGUACAAAUUACCUUGAAACUCUCAGAGUUCAGAUUCAUGCGAAUUGCAGAAUCCGCAGAGUUUAUUUCUGUGACAGACUCUAUUCAGAGGAUGAGUUACCGGUGGAGUAUAAGCUCUACCUCCCUAUUAAAAAUAAGUCGACUGCUGCUGUAUCAUAA